GAUGUCCAGGAUGAAGCUUUCUGGGUCAGAACCACCUCUCUAAGGAGCAGGGAUUCUGGAGCCAGACAAUAUAACAUCACAUUCUGGCACCACCACUGACUUGAGCAAGCUAGCUUACUGCCCUUAUAACCCAGCUGCUAUGAUGAUUAGACAGGAUAUUUAAAAGGAAAGCUCUUAAAAUACGUGUUUUUUAAACACUAGUGUUGUUCUUAAGUGACAUCCUAAUUUUGUUGAUGAACAGGCAGAAACUUGAAGCAGUGGGAUAAUGUGUACAAGGUCACAGAGUCAUCGGUUGGAGCUGGGAUUGGAGCUCAGAUCUAGUGCCUCCCCAGACCUUCCAGCGUCCUUUGCUUCUCUACAACCCCGAUUCCAUCAUUUCUUCAAAUCACGGAUACUGAAUUUGUUGCCAUCAGAAGCCCGCUGGUAGGAUUUUGCCAGCCGUAACAUUUUGCAGUUGACCACCUGCGGUGGUUAAACCAGCUGGUACCUGUCCAGGACGAUGUCUGGAGAACUCCCACCAAACAUUAACAUCAGAGAGCCCCGAUGGGAUCAAAGCACUUUUGUUGGACGAGCCAAUCAUUUCUUCACUGUGACUGACCCCAGGAAUAUUCUCUUAACCAAUGAGCAGCUAGAGGAUGCAAGAAAAGUGGUGCAUGAUUACAGACAGGGAAUCGUUCCUCCAGGCCUUACAGAAAAUGAAUUGUGGAGAGCGAAGUACAUCUACGAUUCAGCUUUUCAUCCCGACACCGGAGAAAAGAUGAUUUUGAUUGGAAGGAUGUCAGCCCAGGUCCCGAUGAACAUGACCAUCACAGGCUGCAUGAUGACCUUUUACAGGACCACGCCGGCCGUGCUGUUCUGGCAGUGGAUUAACCAGUCCUUCAACGCCGUGGUCAACUACACCAACAGGAGCGGAGACGCCCCCCUCACUGUAAACGAAUUGGGGACAGCGUACGUCUCUGCCACCACAGGUGCAGUGGCAACGGCUCUAGGACUCAACGCGCUAACCAAGCACGUCUCUCCGCUCAUAGGACGUUUUGUUCCCUUCGCUGCGGUAGCUGCUGCUAAUUGCAUUAAUAUUCCGUUAAUGAGGCAAAGGGAACUCAAAGUUGGCAUUCCCGUCACCGAUGAAAACGGGAACCGCGUGGGCGAGUCGGCAAACGCUGCCAAACAAGCCAUCACACAAGUGGUCGUGUCCAGGAUCCUCAUGGCUGCCCCUGGCAUGGCCAUCCCACCAUUUAUCAUGAACACUUUGGAAAAGAAAGCCUUUCUCAAGAGGUUUCCGUGGAUGAGCGCCCCCAUCCAAGUUGGAUUGGUUGGUUUCUGUUUGGUAUUCGCUACGCCUCUGUGCUGCGCUCUGUUUCCUCAGAAAAGUUCCAUGUCCGUGACAAGCCUGGAGGAGGAGCUGCGAGCCAAGAUUCGAGAGACCCGUCCUGACUUACAGCGCGUGUACUUUAACAAGGGAUUGUGAAGCAGGGGCAGAAACGCCUUCAGCCGGUCCCGCCAACCGCAAGCCCGGUGGUAGCCGAGCUGGCGAGGAAUACCAGCCCGGGUCCUCCCAGUGACACAAACCUUUGAAAGAUCCACGUUAGCCUUUUAGAGUCAAGCUGCUACAUACAGCACAGCACCUGGUGUGGGCCGGGUGCCCCCACCUGUUGGCCCCCUUACAUUUGAAUCACGGUCUGAUUUACAGAGGCACCCUUCCUGCAGCUUUUUCCAAGGCCACUGUCCCAGCCCUCCCCCGGAGUUUUCGAAAGCCCCGCUAGGCAUACAGUAGACGUUCACUAGCUGCUCCACAAAUAACUUGAUUAUCAGUCGGCGGAAAGGAAAUCUGUUUGAAACACUGAACUGUUAUUCCCACUUUUGUUUCCAAUCAAAGCGGUCUCAGUAGUGAGUUGGGGAAACGCAAAAGCUCUGAGGCCAUACUGUGAAAAAUGACUUGUACGUAUUCAGGGCAGUUGGCCCCCAGUCUGAGCAGGAAGCAUCGCAAAGUAGAUGAUGGGUUUCUUGGAUUCACAGACAAAAGCUCCUUCAGAUCAGAUACCUCCUGAAAGUCAUAGGAACAGGCAGUCGCGAGGCAAGCUCCCUGCUGUCAGCAGCUGUGUGCUUUCGUAUUGCUGGUGGGUUUUCUUUGCCUGACUUUUAAAUGUAUCCUGUUUCACAUUCCUGCGAAGGUGUUAAUCUUCCCUUUACCUGUUGGCUUUAUAUUCAGUGAUUUAAGCCAACGAGUCAACUAACUGAAAUGUUAGUUAGAAAGGCAAAUUUUGGAAGUCUUUCCAAAACCAGUGCAGUAUGACUAGUUUGAAUCUGGUUGUUUGCUGUUUUCUUGUUUUGUUUUGUUUUGUCUGUUUUGUUGUGUAGAAGCUCGUGUGCAGUUCGUUCACCUACAGGUCUUUCUGUGACAUUGUAGCUCUGUUUGGCUUUCAGAAAGAUACAGACACAGUGUGUGCGUGUGAAUCCGUGACUAAGUGACAUUUACUUGAAUGUUGUAUAUUACAUUCCACCCCCUGUGAGAAUAACCAACGCCCGGACCACUGUUUUCAUCACCCAGGUUAGCUUCACAAAUAAUACAUUUAACGAAACAGAGAUGAUGUUUCAGUUCUGUCGAGGUUCAAAGGCAUAUGCAGAAUAGUUAUUUUAUCAAGUGUAGGCCACUCGAUUCAACUUGUAAUUCAGAGACUUAAUAAGUGAAAAAACAAAAAUGUAGAAACUAAUCUUGGCAGAUUUUUUCCUGACAGUGUGACCAGCCUGAAUUUCCUCACAAAGCAAGAAUGGUGUGCCUCAUGUCUGUGUUUCUGUUUUGUCUAAAAGGAUUAAUGGACCCAAAGCUUUGGGCCACUCUGAGCCUUUCUUUAUGCUGCCAGAAUUUCCUCGUUGAGAGUUUCUCUAUUAAACCAUCCCAUGACAUUCCGGCCUUGGAUGUAUUUUGUUGCUAUAGAGGCGUCUCUUUAAAAAUUGGUAAAAGCCGGAAAUUCCAGGCACACCUCCACAAGGUGCUUCAAGGGCACUUUUAACAAGAAACUAAAGCCCGUGAGGCCUGCCCUGCUCACCCCAGCUAAUCUCAGAAUCCCUCUCCCUUGUCCACUGGUGGCCCCAUCUCAGAAUCUUAACCUUCAUUGAAAAAUUUAUGACCAGUUGGAAGAUUGACAAAAUAACCGAAAUUUGAAUACACACCAGGAGGACAGGACCAAAGCAUCAUGACACAAGGGAUGACAAGCCUGGAAGUGUGUCUUUUUAAACACUAUUUACUGAAGUUUCCGACUCCUGAUGCUUUUAUAGAGAAAUAUGAACUGUAGCGUCGAAUUGUGGUUUAUAAAAAGGAACAAAUUGAGCCAAGAUUGGCAGUCUUUGCUGAUCUCUUUGAAAUAAAUAACCUUUUUUUGGAGGAAAGUUCACGUGAGGUGCAAUCCGCUGGUAACCGCAAAUAGUUAUUAACAUUGCUAUGAACACGACAUAAAGAAUUACGACUGUAAGUGUUAACUGACUGGCAGUUUUGAUUUCAGUAUUAGCACCGUGUCUUGCCAGAGUUGGAGUCAAUGUAUUAUUUCAGUUCGACUGGAUGAAAUGUUAAAUAAACUUGGAAUGAAAAUAAA